UAUUGGCACUGAAAUGGGAGAGUGCACUUGCUCGGAAUUUUAUGAUAGUCUCCUCUACUUUAGUUUCUGUUCUGUGAAAUGAAAUAAAUUCUUCUCUUCUGUUUGUAGACAGAUUGAUAACCUGCCCCAACCAUAUAAUCAGUUCCACUUUCCAUUGUGCCUAAAUCUGAUAACCGGCUCAGAAGUGACUCAACCCAUCCCUGUCAAGUUUGUGUAGGUGCCUUGCAGUACACUGAGCUGCUGCCUGUUUGGCAUGAUUCUUUCUCUCCCGCAGAAGUCAUGAGCCGAGUGGAAAUGGCUCGUGCCGCCGCCGUUGCCGUGGCAUCGUGCCCAGACGCCCGCGACUGCCCCAUGUGCCAAUACGUGGCCACGACGCGUUCGUCACUCAUCAUCCACAUGCGCAAGCACACCGGGGAGCGGCCCUACCGCUGCCACCUGUGCCCGGCCGCGUUCGCCAAGAGCAGCGACCGUAGCCGCCAUUUUCGCACCCAUCAACUUCACAAACCCUUCCACUGCGGCAGCUGCGGCAAGUCGUUUGCGCAGAGGGUGACGCUGCUCUCGCACAGGUGCCUGCACACUGCUGCCACAGGCUUUAAGUGUCAGUGCCAGAAGUGCCUGCAACUGUUUGCCAAUGCCGCCUGUCUGAAGGAGCAUGCUCGCGAGUGUGGAAGCGAUGCGGCAGGGCAACUAGACUAGACACCUGGGUAGGCGCUGCACAUGAGGAGCUCAUGUGAAUUGUUGUGCAUGCUUGUGUAGUCAGAACCAGGUGCUGCGACAAGCACUUCCAACUCGGAAUCAGAAUUUACUGACUGUCCAGUGAUGUUACAGGUAUUUCGUAUACAGGAAGAUAAGCCAUAAAAAAAGUGGUACAUGGGCAUUACUAAAGCUUGAAUGAGUUCUAAAAUAAUGAGACGAAUGAAGUGAAGCAUAAUACAAAUGCUGUCUAGUUUGUGAAUGUAACAAUGUAUUUUACUGGUUCCACUAUGUCAAAGUGCAGGGGGCCAGACAACUGAAUGUGAUUGAGUGAUAGCAUACUUGUUGCUGCUUCUUCACUUGUUCUUUCAAAAGUACUGUUAAACGUGUUGCUAUGGUAUCAAGGAACCGAGAAACAGUUGAUACAAUAAAUGAGUUCAGCACUUU